AUGGACGAUUCGGAAGAUGAAGAAAUCGCGAGUUCAGCAGACGAGAAGGAAGAAGAAUCGAGUGGUGAUGAGAGUUCACAGGACGACGUGAAAGAACUGAGUAAUGAGGAUGAGAGUGAAGGGGAAGAUGCCGAAAAAGAUGGUGCAAGUACUCUGGAUGAUCGAAAUGGAGUUGCUGAUAAUGCGAGCGGAGAUGGAGCUGACGAAGUGAAACAUAAAGGACGUCAUGCAUUGAAACGCACAGAGACGGAACUUGCCAGAAGACACAAACGUUUCGAGGAGUUUAGGAAUGCAACGCUAAAAAAGUGGGAUGAACGAACACGUUUGGUUGGAGUUGGUGCCGCAAAGAAUGCAAAAAGUAAUUUCAGUGGUUUCGAAUCAGUUGUUUUGAAACAAAUCACGCAGAUAAUGAACGACAAGCAUCGAUUGAUCCGUCGAACGCAAACCAAACGUUCCGAUUCAGAAAGGAUUGGUGGUAAUCCAGAGGUAUCACUUUAUUCAUUUGUCGGCUUUAUAUUAUUCAUUAUAUUCAUAUUCGUUUAUCAGUUAUUCCUUCAUCAUAUUUCUUACCUUUGA